AUGGAUAUGAGUUCGCCCACCCUAUUAGGUAUCACCGAUAAGUCUGGCCUGGCGGUGCCGUACACCGACGCACUGUGGUCAGACAUGGCUGACAUCACGCUUGACAUCACCACAGUGAAUUCCGAUAAUGAGACUGGAUCAGAAUGGACCUCACUGGAUACGGCCGAACAGAUCUUCGAAGGAGCCAUCUUAUGCUUGAUGAUAGCCUUGACCAUGCUGGGAAACUCUCUUGUUGUCCUAGCUGUGUGUUUAGAAAAGAAGCUGAGGACCUUUGAGAACUUCUUUUUCGCUUCCCUUGCGAUUGCUGAUUUGUCAAUUGCCAUGUUGGUGCUCCCGUUGUCUGUCCGAGUAGAGCUAUCAGGGGGCAGAUGGGACCUUGGGCCUCAAGUUUGCGACCUCUUUAUCUUCACCGAUGUCGCUUGUUGCACAGCGUCAAUCUUACAUCUGUGUACCAUAGGAAUCAACCGCUGUCGAUCUAUCACUUCUCCGCUCCAUUACGUCAGGAAACAAACCUUUCGCCGAGCGGCGGUCAUGAUCGUUUUGGUCUGGAUGGCAUCUUUUCUAAUCGCCUGUCCACCCCUGAUCGGCUGGCCACAUUCCCGAAAUAGAUCGGCGCAACUCUGUGAGUACGACAUCGACAAACUGUACGUAGUGUACUCGUCAUGCGGAUCGUUCUUCAUACCCCUUCUCGUCAUGGUGAUAGUUUACACUCGGAUUUACCAAGUCUCUCGAAGAGGCGCCGAAUUCAGGCGAAAUUCUGCACCUCAGCUACAUGACCAUCAUCACCAUAAUCAACAAAAAGGUAACAACCAGUCUAUCUACCAAACCCGUAACCACUACGACCAGGUACAUUCCUGUCCACCUUCAAGGAGGAGAACCGACUUGUACAGGUUAGAAAACAGUUCACGAUGUUCCGCAAGAGUGAAUUCGACGGCAGCGGCAUCUGCCGAGGCUGCGUUCCAAGGAUAUCCGAAAGCCACAGAGGCACACGUCACUAAACCAGUGUUGAGGAGGAUAAGAACCUCGAUAUUUACAUUCCAUCCACCAGGUAGAUGUGAAAAGAGGAGGUUUACAGAGGUCAAGACGGUUAAAACCCUCGAUUUAAAUCUGUUGAAAUCUGUUAUUGAUCUUCUAUAA